CACACUUGUCCAAGUUGACAUACCUUAAUCUGUGUUGCAAUAUUCUUAAAAAUGAAACAUCUCCUGAGUAUCCUCAGCGAUUGUUGAAACUUCAACCAUCCGAUAUGAGUAGUCUGGUUCAAAAUUUAACUAGUCUAGAAACUCUUGAUCUUAGUUUCAUUAACAUAUCAUCAAUCAUACCAGUUUCCUUGACAAAUUUAUCAUUUUUAACACACCUUGCCCUCAAGAAAUGUGAUCUGUUUGGCGAAUUCCCAGUGAAAAUUUUUAGUCUACCGAACUUAGAAGUUCUUAAUGUGAGAUACAACCAAGAUCUCACUGGAUAUUUGCCCGAAUUUAAUCGAAGUAGUCCUCUCAUCUCACUGAAAGUUGGGUUUACUAGUUUUUUCGGAACCAUACCUUCUUCGAUUGAAAAGCUUAACUCAUUGCAAGAGUUGGAUGUCGCUCAAUGCAAUUUUUCAAAAUCGUUGGUUCCUUCUGCACUUGGCAAUCUUAGACAACUUACUUACCUAGACAUUUCAAAAAGCAAUUUUGGAGGUCCAAUUCCUGAUUCUUUGGCAAACCUUACCCAAUUGACUGUGUUCAGAGUUAGUACGAGUUCUUUAACUGGUCCAAUUCCGUCUUGGCUAGGUAACUUUAGCAAACUAGUUUACCUAGAUUUUGCUUAUAACCAGUUGAUUGGUUCAAUUCCGGCCUCAUUUUCCAAUCUCAUCAAUCUCGAGAUCCUUUAUCUACAGGGAAAUAACCUGAGAGGUGUAGUGGAGUUUCAAAUGUUUCAGAAGCAACAAAAUCUCUACCAACUCCAAUUGAGUUCGAACAACUUUGAAUUUGUUACUGGAUCAAAUAUUAUGAAUGCAACUGUUCAACAGUUCACCAUUUUGGGUUUGAGUUCAUGCAAUUUAAAAGAGCUCCCACAUUUCCUACAAAAUCAAACAAAUUUGGAGCGGUUGGAUCUGGUAGACAACAAAAUCAGUGGUGAAGUACCAAACUGGAUGUGGAAUUUAAGUAAGGAAACCCUGAUAUUCUUGGACAUUUCGGCAAACUUCUUUUCAGGAGAACUUCCAGCUGUCAUACCAUGGGUUAAACUGCAAUGCUUGAGGCUUUCGUUCAACAGUUUUCAUGGACGAUUACCGAUCCCUCCACCAUCCCUUCUAGAAUAUGGAGUGACCAACAACAAAUUUACUGGAGAAAUUUCACCGUUGCUUUGCAAUAUGAGUUCUCUUCUGUACCUUGACUUGUCGAAAAAUAACUUGAGUGGCACGCUUCCUCUGUGUCUGGGAAACUUUAGUGAUGAUCUAGUCCUUUUACUUCUUGGAAGCAACUCUUUUCAUGGCAUGAUGCUUCAACCAUUCAACAACAGAAGCAGUUUGAGGAUGAUUGAUGUUAGUCAUAACCAAUUGCAAGGGCAAUUACCAAGGUCAUUGGCGAAUUGUGUGAUGCUUGAGUAUCUGGUUCUAUCAAAUAAUCAAUUCAGUGAUGUUUUUCCCAUUUGGUUGGGGACUCUCCCAGAGUUAAAACUUUUGGCAAUGCGCCAUAAUCGCUUCAAAGGUGUAAUAGAACAGUCUAGAACAAUUGUUGACUUCCCCAAGUUAUGCAUUCUUGAUUUGUCUUACAACAAUUUCAUAGGUGAGAUUCCACCUUUGUUUUCAGAUAUUAUUGUAAACAAGUCAACAUACAUGUACACAGAUAUAUCCUAUGACCUCAAUGGUUUUUCUAUUCUACGAAGUGUUGCUUACUCAAUCACAAUAGCAGUUAAAGGUUUGGAUUUGUACUAUUCAAAGAUUCAAGAAGGCUUUGCAGCCAUUGAUAUCUCAAGCAACAAAUUUGAAGGUAAGAUUCCAGAAUUCAUUGGGAACAUUAAGGAGCUGCGCUCACUCAAUAUAUCCAGAAACAUUCUCACUGGUUCUAUUCCAUCAUCCUUGGGGAACUUAAGAAAUCUUGAAUCGUUGGACCUUUCACAAAACAAGCUCUCAGGACAAAUCCCCCAACAACUGACGAGGCUUACAUUCCUUGGGUACUUUGAUGUGUCCCACAACAAUCUCAUAGGUCCUAUACCGCAAGGUACCCAACUUACUUCAUUGAAUAGGACUUCAUAUGAGGGAAACCCAGGAUUGUGUGGAGAUCCAUUACCAAAAUGCGGAAAUCAAGAGGCCCCUCAACCGCCACCUUCUACUGAAGAAGACAGUGAUUCAGGCUCAGCUCGAAUGCUUGGAUUUGAUUUGAUAUUUUUUUCGGCUGGAAUUGGAAGUGGGUUUGCAGUGGGAAUGGUUCUCGCGGUUGUCGCCAUCACAAGAAGGCAGGAGUUGUUUCUUAAGAUCGUUGGAAUGGUGAGGCUAAUGAUAUGGAAAAGGUAGAGUUGGGGAUGCAGAAAUUCAGUGUGUUAUAAAGUCAAGCA